GGCUCCCGCUCUCGGCCGCGGGCGGGGAGGGGCCGGAGCAGGUAGCUGGGCCACCGCCCGGGAGCGAGCGCGGGGCGCGGGGCCGCCGCGGCGGGAUGGGGCGGCUCUGGGUCCGCCGCCUCGUCCUGUUCGCCGCCUGCCUGGGGCUCUGCAGGGCGCUCGGAGCAUCUUUUUAUGGUGAAAGCUAUGUGGAGCUCAACAUCAUAGAAGUUUCCUCUGAGUUAUCUCUUCACUUAAAAUUUCAAACCAGCAAACCACAGGGAUUACUUUUUCUUGCAGCUGGGAAAAAUGACUACUGCAUAAUAGAACUUCUAUCAGGAAACUUACGGGUGAGAGUGAAUUUGGGUACAGGUGAACAAGUGUUCCUCUCUGAGCAAAGACUUCGUGUGGAUGACUUGGUUUGGCAUUUAGUGGAACUGCACUGUGUUAAGGGAAAUAUCUCUCUGGUUAUUGACAAACGCUAUGAGACAACUGGCCAGGUCACCAGUGGGAUGCACAAUUUGCACUUUCAGCAUGGAAUCUACAUCGCAGGCCACGGUGGCCUUGAGGUCCCUUACCUCGAUGGAGAGCUCCCCAAUUUCCGUGGGUGCAUGGAGGAUGUGAUAUUUAACCAGAGGGAGAUCCUCGCAUCCCUUAGAUCUUACCCUGGUUUCAAGAAAGUUUAUGAGGUGUCACUAGGAUGCAGUGAUGAAUUUUUUGCAGGGGAGGAUGAAGCCAUGAAUUUCUUUAGCUCCAGAUCCUACAUCACCUUCCCAGAAUGGAGGGUGCAAGGGGAUGGGCUGUUGGAAUUUGCUUUGCAGACUGGAACUCAUCAAGCCUUGCUGUUAUUUCAGUCUGGUAGAGAAGGAGAUUUUGUUGCUUUGGAAAUAGUUAAAGGUUUAUUGAAGGCUCAUGUAGGAAGAAAUAAGAAUGAUACUCAGCUCUCUUCUUUUAGCUUAGUUAGUGACAACAAGUGGCACAUUAUUCAACUCAAGUUCACUGAAAGGUAUCUGGGCCUGAUGGUGGAUGAACAAGGAGUAAGGACUUUGCUGCCUCUUCAAAGCAAACCAUUUGUGUCUGAAGGCCACCUCUUCCUAGGAGGUCUUGAUAACCGCAAGGGAGAAGAAGUUAAGAGGUUAGAGCUUGCCUCUGUGCCUAGGAAAUCUGCUCGAGCAAUCUCUUUCAAAGGGUGCCUAAGAGGCUUGGAAGCCAACUCAGAAAAGAGAGCAUUAAAGGGUGCACUUGUUUCCAAAGAUAUAUCUGCUGGUUGUAAAAUGAAGAGUAGUGAUGACGAGACUCGUUCUGUAACAGCAACGGAAAACCUGCUUGAGGCACAAGUUCCCCUGUCCACUGCCGUCCCUGAGGCAGGCAAACCUUUUCUGCAAGAUGUGAGUAGCUAUUUCUUGGUUCUGAAUAACUUGGAGGUCCAAGAAGGUGGGCAAGCCUUACUGGAACAAAGGCAUAUGAAGGUGGAUGUGGAGUUGAAGGAUUUGGGUAUCCAUCAGUCUCAGAUACUAUUUAAAAUAAAGGAAAUGCCUAUUCAUGGAUUCCUUCGAUUAGAUGUUUGCCCUGAGCAAAAAAUGGAGAAGGCUUUUACUCUGUUAGAUUUGAGCCAAGGAAAAGUUUGGUAUAUCCAUGAUGGUUCAGAAGACCCGAGGGAUUAUUUCACAUUUUCAGUCUCUUCCAGCAGCGAGAAGGAAGUGCCAUUGUAUCUUCAAGGACAUGGUUCAUUUGUGUUCAACAUCAUCAUCGUUCCAGUAAAUGAUCCCCCAAACCUUAUGCUCCCUGAAGGAAACUUGCUUCUCGUGUUUGAGAACUCUAAGAAACGACUGACUCCAAAUAUCAUACAUGUGUCAGACCCAGACACAGAUUCUUCAAGUCUUAGUUUUUCAGUUCUUGGCAACUUCCAUUCAGAUGCUGGGUUUUUAGAAAACACCAAUGACCCUGGGAGAGCCAUUAGUGGUUUUACAUAUGGGGAUUUAAGAGGUGGCAACAUUUUCUGUGUGCACCGGGGCCAUCGGAACUCCCGGAUUCUCCUAAGAGCAAGUGAUGGAGAGCUGGUUAGCAAUACGGUGGUGUUACGGGUCAUGGCUGUUCCUUGGGACUUUGAAGUGGCCAACAGAACCGGUGUGGUCGUACAGCAGGGUGGCACGGUUCUGAUUACGCAGAGCAACUUGUCAGUGGAGGUUAAUGGUGAACGCCCGGAGGUGGAGACCCGCUAUGUUGUCACUCAUGCACCUCAGUUUGGCCAGAUUCAGCGGCAGGGGUCAAGUGGAGAGUGGAAACCAGUGAGUAUCUUUUCUCAGCGUUCAGUUGAUCAGGGUCGGGUCCGGUACUCCAGUAUAUUCCAGGAAUUGCAGCUAAAAAACAUUACUGAUCACUUUAAAUUUAAAGUUAAUAUAGAAGGAAAAAGCAGUGAAGAGCUGAUGUUUCCCAUUACCAUACAAUGGCUAACAUUUACCCUUCUGAAAAAUGUUCCUCUUGAGAUCAGUGAAGUAAACAGGCAUGUACUGAAUUCAGAUCAUUUGCAGGCUGUGACAGAGGGUGUGGACAUAGCCGAAGGGGAACUACAUUUUAAGUUACUCACUGCACCUAAGAAAGGAAAAUUGCUACUUGGCACAAAAGUUCUAAAAACAAACUCAGUCUUCAGCCAACAAAACAUUACAGACUUCAAGAUAAAUUAUGAACCACAGGAGAGACCCAGGAAAGAUUCACAAGAUACUUUCAGGUUCUUGAUAAUUGCAAAACACAUAGAAUCAAAUAAUUAUACUUUCAGAAUAAACAUUAAAGCAGAUAAGAUGCACAUUAUUUUAACAAACAGGGGAUUGUUUGUAAAAGAAGGAGAAGGGAAAUUAAUUACAAGAUCAGAAUUAUUUGCUCAAACAUUGGACAAUCAGACCUUCCACUAUAAAAUCACCAAGAGUCCUCAACACGGGAAGCUGAAAUUGAUUAGCUCUUCAGAGUCUCUGGGAAGUCAUGACAAUAUUUCCACAUUCACCGAUCAGGACAUCCUGGAUGAGCGGCUGAUGUAUGUGCACGAUGACUCUGAGACCCAGUGUGAUGAAUUCCUCCUUGUGGCCUCCCCUACAGGACCAGGCCAGGAGGGAGUGGCCAGGGAUCUCCGUAGGGAGCAUCUGGCGGCAGAGAUCAAGGUCACCGUUUCUGUGGAGUUAAAGAACGAUGAGAAACCGGUGCGCGUGGUGGAUAAAGUCUUUCACGUUGUGCGGAAUGGCCAGCGCUUACUAACCCUAGCAGAUCUCUGUUACCAUGACCCGGAUUCCAAUUUUGACGAUGGGCAGUUGCUCUACACCCGGCGGGGCAUCCCGAAUGGGGACUUGGUGCGAGCCAGUGACCCGACUCAGAAACUGUACCAGUUCAGGCAGGAUGACCUGCGGGCGGGGCACGUGCUCUUCAGGCAUAGAGGUGCGGACUCCGCCCGCUUUGUGCUGUUUGUGACAGACGGUGUCCACACCACAUCGUCCCUUCUCGAGGUCAGUGUGUCAGACCCCUACGUGCAUAUAGCCAACAACACGGGGCUGCUCGUGCAGAGAGGAAAGGACAGCAGCCUAACGACUGCCAACCUCAGUGUCACCACAAACCAAGAUGUCAGAACAGAUGGCGAGAUCAGAUUCCACAUUGCGCGGCCCCCAGAGCAUGGCAGAGUGCUGGUCAGCAGCUCAAGGGCCGGCUCGUUCUCCCUACAUGACUUGAAGCAAGGACAUGUGAUUUAUAGGCAUGACGGCAGCGGCAGCUUCGAUGUGUUCAACCUGACAGUGAAAGUUAAAGAUACAUAUUUAGAAGUGGGCGUCUAUGUGCAUGUGGACUCGGAAAGCCACCAGCAUCACACCCAAAUUCUGCACAGCAAGACCCUUGUUGUUGAAGAAGGAAAACCAGUAAAACUGAGUAGAAGAAGACUCCAGGUUGUACAUGAAGAUAAUAUUCCUUCAGAGGCAAUGUUCAUUGUUAGAACUCCACCCAUGCAUGGAUACCUCCGAAAAUCUUUACCAGAAGAAGGCAGCUUGGGUGCAGAUGAAAAGUCUCCUUUGAGUUUUACACAGCAGGACAUUGAUGAUGGUUAUAUCCAUUAUGUACAGACAGCUCCUGACCAACUACAGGACCAGUUUUUACUGGAUGUGAUGAGUGGCUUCCAAGCUGUGAGUAGAGUUGAAAUCUUGGUGGAUAUUGUCCCUAAGCAGAUUCCUCUGGAGGCACAAAAUUUCACAGUGCAAGAAGGCGGUUCCAAAACACUUUCAAAAGACUACUUCAAAAUUCCAAGCAAGCAUUUUGCUGGACUUGACUGUGAAUUUUUUCUACUCAAACCACCAAAACACGGUUAUGUUCAAAAUUCUCAUUUUCCAAGAGUGAAGCUUAUGAAAUUUACCAGGAAACAGGUGGAAAAUGAAUUGAUUUCCUAUGUUCAUGAUGAUAGUGAAGAGCUUCUUGACAGUUUCACCAUCUUUGCAAAUAGCUCAGAGCUGGGAAAACAGAGUUUGCCCCAGACUGUCUUUGUGACUGUUGAAUCAGUAAAUGAUGAGGCUCCAGUAAUAACAGCCAAUAAAAUCCUCCAGGUGUGGGCGAAUUCUGUCACUGAGAUUACCAGUGGUGACCUCUGUGCAGAAGAUGGGGACUCCUCCCUGCAGGACCUUACCUACUUGGUCUCUCCACCCAGCAAUGGACAUUUGGCUCUCAAGUCCUUUCCUGGCCGACGCAUCCAGAACUUUACCCAGGCUCAAAUCAAUGAGGGCCAGUUAGUGUUUGUACACACUGGAGCGCUGUCAGGAGGCUUUAAUUUUCAGGUUACAGAUGGUUUGAACUUUGCACCACGACAAAUUUUUAGCAUCACAGCUCGAGCUCUGAUCAUUAACUUAGAAGUAAACAAAGGACUGAGCAUCUUUCCAGGUUCCAGGAAGCCCCUUUCAUCUCAUGACCUGAGAGCUGUGACCAAUGAUGUGGACAGUGCAGGAAACAGAACUAUUACUUUUACGGUUGUAAGUUCCCCUAGACUUGGGAGGCUGGUGCGAGUAAAUUCUGACAACAGCACAGAGGAUGUUUCCGUGUUUACACAGAAGCUGGUCAGUGAACAGCUGAUAUUUUACCAGCAUGUGGACUGGGAAAACACAGGCUGGACUGCAGAAGACUCUUUCAUGUUCACGGCAUCCUCUCCCCCAGCAGUUCUAGGCCCUGAAGAUUUCCAUAUAACUAUUUCAUAUGAAAUUAAUGAACCUGGUCGGCAGAGUCGUCUGCUUGCAAAUACAGGAGCAGUUGUCAAGGAGGGAAACAAAGUUCUCAUUGACCGAUCUAAGUUAGAUGCUUCCAACCUCUUAUUUAAAUUGCCCAAAUCUCAGCGCUUUUCAUAUGAAAUUUUGUUCCAAGUUACAUCUCUUCCUCACCAUGGAACUAUUAUGGUUGGAGAGAGAAAUAUUACCAAAAGAAAACCCAAUUUCUCCCAGUAUAUAAUUAAUAAAUUUGGACUCACAUACCUUCAUGAUGACUCUGAAUCACUGGCUGAUAAUUUUACCUUUGCUGUUUGGCCCAACCCAAAGAGCAAGUCCUCCACUAAGCCAGAGGCUGACUUUCUUGAAGAAAUGUUUAACAUCACCGUCACUCCUGUAAAUGACCAGGCCCCAGAAUUAAAGACAAAAGGGCUUCGGUUGAAAGUUCUGCAGGGCGAUAGGUUGGUUUUAGGACCCAAAAACCUUAAAGUGGAAGAUCUAGACAGUCCUCCAGAGGAGAUCAGGUAUAUGAUCAUCCGUAAUCCUAAUAAUGGCUUUUUGGCAAUGGCUCACCAUCUAGACACAACUGUUCACCAUUUCACACAAGCUGACAUUGAUAACUCUCAGGUGUGGUUCAUACAAGAUGGAAGCCCAUCCUCGGGAGUGUUUUACUUUAGUGUGAGUGAUGGCCAACACCGCCCACUCUACAAGCUCUUCCACCUGGAGGUCAUCCCCAUCUCCAUCACCCUUGUGAACCUCACUGACCUACUUCUCCCACAAGGCCAGACAACCAUCCCCAUCACCAGUGCUCACCUAUCAGCAAUGACCAAUGGGAGGAGCCCCCAAAUCACCUACAAGAUAACACGGCCCCUCCAACAUGGGCAUCUGCUCAUUGAAAACCAGGCAGUUAUCAGCUUUGGACAGGAGGAUCUGGAUUCAGGAAGGCUCUCUUACCACAUGACAAACCUCACCGCCUCAGAGGACCAGCUACAGUUCUCACUGUUUACAUCAGAAGGCAACCUGACUGGACAAACACUGAGCAUCAGAGUGCAGCCUUUACUGCGGGUUAUGUCAAACCUGACAAUUGCCAACCACGUGGCUCAUCAGCUGAAAAGAAAAGACCUUGAUGCUACUGAGCUUGCGAACAGAACUAACAGUGAUCCUAAAUUUGAAGUGACAGAACCUCCAGUCCAUGGAAGACUUGUACGAAGAGUGGGCCAAGGCACUGUGAUGGAAGACGCUAUUCUGUUCACCCAGAGGGACAUUGACCAAGGGCUGCUGAUGCUCAAGUCACACGCCAACCUAACGGGCAUCAGUGCACUGAAUGACUCCUUCACUUUCUUGCUCAGUGCAGACCACGUACAGCCAGCGAAAGGUUAUCUCCCCUUCACCAUAGUGCCACUUGACCCCUUUAUUUUGCAAACUUUUACCCCUGAUGUUUCUUUAUUGGUCACCGCAGAUAACCUUAUGACUUCAGAUCUCUCUCAGGAAAAGCUUGUGGCUUCCUCAGGACCCACCACACAGACAGGAACUCUGGGGAAGCUGACCCAGACCAGAUGGCAGGAAGCAGAUCCCUGGGAACGACUCAGUAGUGAAGAGCCCACUCUGGAUGGCAAGGCCUCUCCCACCAGAGUCAUUUGGCCACCAGAUGCCCCCAAAGCCAGUCCUGGGGCACCCACCCAGCCCAGGGAGAGCAGUCACCCUCUGAUGGUCAUCGUACCUUUGGCUGUGGUGUUCUUCCUGCUGAUAGUAACUGCAGUGGCCUUGUGUGUCUGGCUACUAGGCUGGAAGGUGGAAAAGGCAAAACCUCUUAUCAAGCCCCAGACCAAUGCAGAACCCACAACCCCAGGUCCUAGGAGAGAAAAGAGCAUAACUGUUCCUACUGUCACAGUGACACCCCUUCUACAAAGCUCCAGCCGUCCUCCAGGAAGUCUUUUCAGAGCCCUACAAUGUGAGCACAUGGAAAAAUCUCCAGUCACUGAGCCCAUGGAAAAAUGUGCUCCUGGGGAGACAUGGGUGAAUCUGGAUCCCAACAUGGUCAAGCUUUGCCGACAAACCAAUCCAGCACUGAAGCACAACCAGUACUGGGUGUAGACUGAGGGUGCUUGUUCCUUACUGACCAACUACUAUGUGCCAGGUUGCUUUUCUCUCCCAACCAAAAUUUAACUGCUCUUUAUGGAAACAGAUUUCACAGUCUACAGAAUAAAUGGAAGCACAGCAUAUGUGGGCCUAGAGACAACUACCCUUGUCUUAGAUCCCUGGCUCCAAUGCUACAGACAACUUGCCACCAUCCCUGGCCAUGGACAACUGUUGCCAAUGAAGACAUCUCUACUCUUCUUCUGAAAGCAAUUCUCUCCUGCAUUUCUGGAUUCUGAAUUUUACAUAGUCCCUCUCAACUGUUUUUUGUAUUUGAUCCCCUUAGAAAGGAGGAGGAAUGAGAGUCUUAACCCAAGGUUGGCUUGAUCACUGUACAACUCAGAAGUGUUCUUGGGCCUGUUCUAAGCAGCUGGGCACUCAGAAGAAGCAGAAUAAGCUGUGUGAGCUCAUGCACAGAAAGAGAAGGCUGAGGAGCAUCUCUGCAUGCAGCAAGUGGGUUUUGCUCUCCCUCAGCUAGGAAAGGAGAAUGCCUGUUCUUUGUGGAAGAGCCAGACAUACUUGGCUCUGUGAUCACGUUGGCCUCUUCCUUACUUCAGCCAUAAAAUCUCUGGAGCUAGGAUUACCAGCCUAGCCAAACAGAAAAAAAGUCUGCUUUCACUCCUCUUUUUCCUGUUAACUCUGCUACUCUAGACAAAAAAAAUUUGGUGUUCAUAUUGGAAUGAGACACAUACCAGUACUUUAAAAUGAUAAUUCAUGUUGUUUGUGAGUGUGCCUGCUAGAGCAAGAAUGUCAGUGUGAGAUCCAGAUGUCAAGACUCGGUCAUUAAUCAAGUAAUUCAUAUAGAGCUUGGAAAGGUUUCUUCCAGAGGAUCUGGAAUAGUCUACCAACUUACAGAUGGGUUCAAUUAGAAGGAAACAAUGCCUACCAUUUGGUGCUGGCUCAAAUGAAACAUGAAAUAAAACAUUUUGGCAAA